GACUCCCUCGCCUUGUUGCUUCCCACUACAAAAGUAACAAGAAAAAUUGUUACAAUACUAAGCAUAGUAUUAACGUUAUGCUAUAUAUACAAAUCUCUCGUCGGACCAAAUAUUCGCAUUCAUAGAUUUCAUUACAAAUUAACGAACUAUUCACAGAAAGAAAUAAAACGAGAUGGGAAGUGGCAUGAUAAGGACAUUGGUUAUUCUAGCAAUAGCUUUAUUCAUGAUCGGUUCCGACAACGUCCACGUGGCAAAAGCCCAGGUCUGUGGAGCUAACUUGUCGGGACUGAUGAACGAAUGUCAACGCUACGUCAGCAACGCCGGACCAAAUUCUCAGCCGCCGUCUCGGUCUUGUUGUGCUCUAAUCCGUCCCAUUGACGUACCUUGUGCUUGCCGCUACGUUUCAAGGGAUGUUACGAACUAUAUUGAUAUGGACAAAGUGGUUUACGUUGCUCGUUCUUGCGGCAAGAAGAUUCCCUCCGGUUAUAAAUGUGGAAGUUACACCAUUCCGGCGGCUUAAAAAGGAACGAAACCAACAGAAUUUGGAUUUGCUAUAAAAAUUAAUAAAACGUAUUAGUAUCUGAAUAAUGAUGAUGAUGGAUGUUAUCAGGAUUUUAGGUCUUGUAGUAUAAGCAAAAUGGGGUUGAUGGUCGGAAGAUAUAAUUAAUGAAAAUAUGUUUGUGUUUUUUU